UUGGGGCCCCCUGCUGUUGACUGUGAAGCAGCAGAAAGAGGGGCUGGGCAGUGGCCAUUUUCAGUCUUUAUUUUCUGUACAGGUGUUCACACUGUUUUGCAAUGGAGGACUCAAUCGAGCUGAUCAUUCAGGAUUACUGUGGGGUCUUUCCCACCAGCAGACCCCAUCCCAUCGUGUCGACCUGCACAGGCGCUGUCCUCGCAAGUCUUUAUGGAUUAUGGAGUGUUUUCACUAUGCCUGGCUUCCGCAAAAUCCCAUGGCAUCUUAAGGUUCCAUAUUUGCCCUCCAGUAAAGACCAAGCACAGAACGUUAUGAAGCUGCUCCAGGGGAGAAGAGGUCGUUUAGCAGAUCUUGGAGCUGGAGAUGGAAAAUUGGUAUUUGCAGCAUCUUCUGCUGGUUUUCAGUGCACAGGGUUUGAGAUCAACUCAAUUCUUGUGGCUCAUGCAAGGAGCAAAGCCUAUUGGAGAAGAAUCCCCUCCAGCCAAGUAACCUUUGUUAAGAAGGACUUCUGGAAGACUGAUUUGUCUUCAUACAACAAUGUGACCGCUUUCCUUGCUCCAGGAGUGAUGGAGCUGCUGGGAGAGAAGCUGCUGAAGGAACUUCCUCAAGAUGCGCUGGUCAUUUCUUGCCGUUUUCCUUUCCCUAACUGGCCCCAAAAAUCAGCUGUCGGCUCUGGACUUGACCAGACGUUUGCUUAUGAGAUCAGCUCUGUGCGCUCACACUUGCGAAAUCCACCAAAGAUAGAGAUGAAAUGAGUCGGAUGCUGUGGGCGAUACUGCACUAAAUCAUCUUGAUUAAGAUUGUUUCUUCCUUAGACUGCUUUUGAUAGAUGAAGACCACUGUAAGCACUUGUUCAGAUCUGCAGUUUAGGAUAUGUACAUGUGAAAUAUGCUCAAACUCUUUCUUGGGCCUUUUUCCUGCUUCUAACACAUUCAUUUUGAAGACAAUAGGUUCUCUAGCUACUUAAUAUAUCCCACCCAGACAGUGAGAGCCAUGUACUUCACCUGUCUGUGGUCAUACAUCUGAUUUGUGUAUUAUGCUGACACAUUUUUCCGACCUGACUCAAAAAUAUCCACCUGAGGGCGCUAUAGCUCUAAACUGGCCUUGGUACUCCACAGCCUAAAACCAGGCUGUACGGAAUGCAGAUUGGUUUUGUAGUGUGCCAUCAGACCUUUUGGAUUAAAUGUCCUUUUUAUUUUACCAUAAUUAUCUUAACAUUUACUUUACUGUUUCCGUGAACAAAUCUUUUUUUUUUUUUUUUUUUUUUUCCCCAAAUCUUUUUUCAUUGAUCAGUGUGUAAGCGUGUGCAAUGAAUGCGUGAACGUAGUGAGAAGCGCUUUGGGGUCCUCUGGACUUGAUAAAUCGCAAUGUAAAUAAAUGCUAUUUACCAUUUUUCCAUUGCUAAUAAAUAAUUAGCGUCAUAAUGUAGCAAUUAAAAUAAAUCAAUCAAAACA